AUGGGUGGUGUGGAGUACUGGGUGGACCACGUGAGCAACGCCGUGCGCUUCACGGAGGCCAUGGAGGCCUUGGAUGCCAUGAAGCCAGAGGUCUUCCUGGAAAUAGGUGCCACGCCAACUCUCGUCGGUAUGGCCAAGAGGUUCCUCACAAGGAAGGAUGCCACCUGGGUGGCCAGCCUGGAUCCAAAGGCUACGCCGGAUGAGCGAGAUGCGAUCAAGAAGGCCGCCGAUGCGAGUGGCGCCGCUGCGGGCCCCGCAGGCUCUGCGCAGGUUCGUCCGCUGCUGGAGCGGCAGGCCUACCCCUGGCGCGAAGCCUCCCACCCGCUGCUGAAGAAGCGUACCGUGCGCGCGGACGGCGCCACGGUCUUCAGCUGUGGCUUUGGGGGCCACGUGCUGCAGUUGCUGUCCCACCACAUCGUCCAUGGUGAGGUGGUGGUCCCCGGGGCAUGCUAUUUGGAGAUGAUCGUUGCGGGCUGCACCACAUUCCUUGGCAACGAAGCCUGGUGCGUGGAGAACUUGGGCUUCGCCAAGCCGUUAGUGCUGCGGAGCCUCGCCGAGCUUUGA